AUGAGUUCUGACAAAGUGAAAAGGAUCGGACCCACUGCCAUUCCUGUCCGCAUUGAUGUGGAAUCAUCCCAAGGCAACAUGGAAGUUUCCACCGGGAAAAUGCGUAUUUGCACACAGAGCCCAGAGACCUCCACUAGUCAUUAUGCACAGGGGGUGACAGUCUCCAAUUUCAAAUCAAAGGCAACUACCCAAUCAACUACUAGCCCAAGGCUGAACUACAUACCUGAAGAUAACGUUCCUCUGAUAGCAUCUACAGAACCAAACGCAACAGCUAGCUCAGACACAACAGAACAGCCCGAUGUGUCUGCUAACAGCUCCAUAGAGAAUGUCAUCCCCCCUCUCAGCCCGGGACAAACCAACCCACGACCCGGGACCAUUCCCACUCCCAGCCCGGGAGAUACCAACCCAGGGUCCAAGACCACCCCCAGGCCGGGAGAUACCAACCCAGGGUCCAAGACCACCCCCAGGCCGGGAGAUACCAACCCAGGGUCCAAGACCACCCCCAGGCCGGGAGAUACCAACCCAGGGUCCAAGACCACCCCCAGGCCGGGAGGUACCAACCCAGGGUCCAAGACCACCCCCAGGCCGGGAGGUACCAACCCAGGGUCCAAGACCACCCCCAGCCCGGGAGAUACCAACCCAGGGUCCAAGACCACCCCCAGGCCGGGAGGUACCAACCCAGGGUCCAAGACCACCCCCAGGCCGGGAGAUACCAACCCAGGGUCCAAGACCACCCCCAGGCCGGGAGGUACCAACCCAGGACACAAGACCACCUCCAGGCCGGGAGAUACCAACCCAGGGUCCAAGACCACCCCCAGCCCGGGAGAUACCAACCCAGAGUCCAAGACCACCCCCAGGCCGGGAGGUACCAACCCAGGGUCCAAGACCACCCCCAGGCCGGGAGAUACCAACCCAGGGUCCAAGACCACCCCCAGACCGGGAGGUACCAACCCAGGGUCCAAGACCACCCCCAGGCCGGGAGGUACCAACCCAGGGUCCAAGACCACCCCCAGGCUGGGAGAUACCAACCCAGGGUCCAAGACCACCCCCAGACCGGGAGGUACCAACCCAGGGUCCAAGACCACCCCCAGGCCGGGAGAUACCAACCCAGGGUCCAAGACCACCCCUAACCCAGGACAUUCCAACUCAUGGCCUUGGACCAGCCCUACAAUCAUCACCAACCUAGGACACAAUAUCCCAGGACGAAUCACCACCCUAAGCCCAGGAUACAAUAACCCAGGUGACAGUUACAAAGGUGAUAGUAACCCAGGUCAAAGUAAACAAGAGACAAUUAACCCAGGCUACACUAACCCAGGCCACAGCAACCCAGGUCACAGUAACGCAGCUGACAAUACACCAGGCCACAUUAACCCAGGCCACACUAAGCCAGGCCACACUAACACAGGCCACAGUAACCCAGGCCGGAGUAACCCAGGUGAAGAUAACCCAGGCCAGAGUAACCCAGGUGACGAUAACCCAGGCCAGAGUAACCAAGGCCACAGUAACCCAGGUGACGAUAACCCAGUCCAGAGUAACCCAGGGCACACUAACCUAGGAGAACCUAGUAACCCGGGCCAUACUAACCCUGGCCGCCGUGACCCAGGCCACACUAACACAGGUGGCAUUAACCCAGGCCACACUAACACAGGUGGCAUUAACCCAGGCCACACUAACACAGGUGACAGUAACCGAGUCACUAUCGGAGGCGGCAUUAACCCAGGUCUCCAUAACCCAGACCUCCAUAACCCAGACCUCCGUAACCCAGACCUCCAUAACCCAGGUCUCCAUAACCCAGACCUCCGUAACCCAGACCUCCGUAACCCAGACCUCCGUAACCCAGUCCUCCGUAACCCAGACCUCCGUAACCCAGACCUCCGUAACCCAGACCUCCGUAACCCAGACCUCCGUAACCCAGAACUCCGUAACCCAGAACUCCGUAACCCAGACCUCCGUAACCCAGAACUCCGUAACCCAGAACUCCGUAGCCCAGAACUCCGUAACCCAGACCUCCGUAACCCAGAACUCCGUAGCCCAGAACUCCGUAGCCCAGACACCCCUCACCCUUUGCCCCGGCCUGCCCUCCCGCCCAGUCCAGGACGCACCAACCCAGGGCUCACCCUCACCCCCAUUCUGUCAACUACUCCCAGUACACGUGAAAUGCGGGUCAAAAUCAACCAGGUGGUGGCGUUCCCCGAUGCCAGCCUGCAUGUAAAGCCCCAGAAUGAGCUCAUGGAAAAGACUCCUCCAAAGGUCAGCCUCAAGCAGGGAGGGAAAAAGCCCCACUCAACAGAUGGCCGCCACCCGAUGUUCCCAUCAUCAAAGCUACCCAGGGCACCCAGGGACUGUUCCGAACAUCUCAACAGAGGGGAUCAAACAACCGGCCUCCACCUGGUGACCCCUGACCCCAGGUUGAGCUCCUUCCCCGUGUUCUGCGACAUGGAGCACCAAGGUGGAGGUUGGACGGUCAUUCAACGACGCCGGGACGGUAGCGUGAGCUUCAACCGGACGUGGGUCGAGUACAGCGAGGGAUUCGGGGAAAUGAACGGAGGAGAGUUUUGGCUGGGCAAUGAGAAGAUCCACUUGUUGACGCGGGCCAGGGACAUGGUUCUCCGAGUGGAGCUGGAGGACUUCGAAGGGUUGAGAGAACACGCCGAGUACGGGAAAUUCAGGGUGGCGAGCGAGAGGCAGCGCUACCGCCUGACCGUAGGGGGUUAUUCGGGGUCCGCGGGCGAUGCCCUUAGGUUCAGCAGGAACUACGACCACCACAACAAGGCGUUCACCACCCUAGACAGAGACAAUGACCGAUACCCGUCUGGGAACUGCGGGGCGUACUACAGCUCAGGGUGGUGGUUUGAUGCCUGCAUGGCAGCCAACCUCAACGGAAGAUAUUAUGUAGGAAAGUAUAAAGGGGUCAGAGAUGGGAUUUUUUGGGGGACAUGGCAUAACAUUUCAACAGAGUAUUAUCUGACUAAUGAUAGGCAGUCUUUUAAAACGGUUACAAUGAUGAUCAGACCCAAAGGGCAUGCAUUGUGAAGUGGGCCUAAUCGUUUUAUAAGAUUAAAAGUACGACCUUUCUACCACAAAUUUCUUCAACAAGCUAUGGCUAUAUUAGGUGAUUUAAAGGGCCUAUAUUAUACACCUACAUUUUUUAUCCAACACAGUCGAUACAAUGCUUCCCCCUCCUGGCAUGAUAGGGUAUUUCAAAGGUUUAAGUGCACUGUAUAACGAGUAUAAACUGAAUUUUGUAAGUAUUUAGUCUACUUUAUUUUUCUCAUGGAUUAAAUAUUAUUUUCAUUUUAAUGUUAUGUAAAGAAAUGCUUUCGGGGGUGGAUUUUUGUAAUGGAGAAUUUGAAAUUGAAAAUUUGUCAGCAAAUACGGACGGACGCAAACCUCAGGUUAUUAUCUGAGGAUAAGUAAGACUGCUGAAUUGAAUUACUGGAAUGUUUUGAUGUAUUAAAUGAUUUAUAAAUGAUGA